AUGGGCUGUGGGCCGGGGUCCGGGCCCGGCGGUGUGCCGGGGGCGGGACGAGGCCGGGUAGUAGGGAUCCGGUAUAUCUGGGCGGUGGGCGGAGUCGGGGCUGGGGUCGGAGCAGGGGGCGUGGCGGAGGUGGGCCGCUUCUCCCUCGCCGGCGCGGGCUCGAAACCGGGGCCCUGCCCACCUGCGGCGACCUCGCGCUCGGCGGGACCGGGCGCGGCACCUGUGGCUGCGCCCGCCGGGUCCCCCGGGCCAUGGCGCACGUGGAGGAGGCGGCUCCAAGCGCCCGCCUGGGCCGCCUGUGAGCGCGGGACCGUAGGAGGGACCCGGUGCGGCGCCGCGGGCACUAUGCCUUUCCUUCCGGAGGCGGGGGCGGCGGGGCGCGCCGUGGCCCUGGCCCUGGUGCUGCUGCUCCCCGCAAUGCCCACGGGCGCUGGCGCCCUGCUCCGCCUGCAACCCGGCAUGCCCCACGUGUGUGCGGAGCAGGAGCUGACCCUGGUGGGCCGCCGCCAGCCCUGUGUGCGGGCCUUCAGCCGCACAGUGCCCGUGUGGAGGCCGGGUUGUGGGCGGCAGGCCUGGUGUGUCAGCCAUGAGCGCAGAACCAUCUACUACACGGGCUACAGGCAGGUGUACUCCACGGAGGCCCAGACGGUGUUCCGGUGCUGCCCGGGGUGGAGCCAGCAGCCAGGGAGCCAGGGCUGCCUCUCCCCUGUGUGCAGCCCCAGCCUCUGCUUUAACGGCGGCCACUGCGUGUCCGGCUCAGCCCAGCCAUGCCGCUGUCCCCCUGGUUUCCAGGGUCCUCGCUGUCAGCAUGGUGAGUGGUGCCCACCCCAGAUGCUGGGGUCCCGGCCGUGUACCCUGGACCAUCACUGCUCCAAGCCUCAGUCAGGCCUCCACGUGGAUUUAGAGCCUGAGCACCUCUGUGGGCUGGACAGAGGUGACUCCACCCCACGCUAG